AUGUGGGAUUAUAGUGAUUCCGAACCCGACGACGACAUGGUCAGUCGCUGCUCGUACUGCGGCAGAUUCUGCGCCCGUGCCAAGAUCCACGCGCAGACCGGUCUUUGCCUGCCAUGCAAAGAGAAACUCCACCCUGGUGGCACCGAGCCAGAGGUGGAGGUUCACGAGGCAGAGGCCGACAAGAUGGCCGUCGACGGGAAGGAGUCUGGUGGAGAAUCGGCGGGCUCCAAGGCUGAAGGCAACGAGGCGGCCCCUCAGGAGUCGGACUCCCUCCCGCAAGGGACUGGCGAGUCCAAUGCUCCAGACGGGCCUGGCCUCUGCGCCCGAUGCUGGACGAGACCGCCGACGAGAGUUCUUUAUAACUCUCCCACCUGUGACGAUUGCUUCCAGGUGGCGCAAGACGCGAAGCAGCGGCGAUUCCAGCCACCGACCUCUCUCCAACCGGGCAAGAAGCUGACGCGAGUCUGCGACUCGUGUCGGCAGAAACGGAAGAGGUGCGAGCACCGUCGCGUCGUAGACGCCGACGACCCUGCUGUUGCGGACCGCGGGCGCAAGCGGGUGAGGGUAGAGGCACCCAUCUCAGAGGACGAGGAGCCAGAGUGCCCGUCCACAAACUCGGAGGCUAACCAGCCAACCGCUUCCAGCUCCUCAACCAUCGAGGAGACUGCGACCAGCCACUGCGGUUCUUCAGACGAGAACAUGCAGUGGGCAAUCAAACAGUCAGUCGAGACUGUUUAUCGCAGGGAAAUGGAGCGGCUGGUAAAGGGUGCUGAAGCCAAGAUGGCAGAGGCAACCGAGGCCUUCGACGCCGUCAAGCGGCAUAUGAACAUGUGGCUCUACGAGCUAUCGAAGAGCGGCGGUUCAUAA